GGACACAUUAGGGUUUUAUUUCGUUUCUCCCAUCAGCCAUUCCCCCCCUCUAUCUCUCUCUCUCUCUCGCUCAUUCUCUCUCCUCAAUCUACAACUUUGAAUUGCAGAUCUUCGUUAUUUAGAUCUGAAUUGUGAAUUUCUGUCAACUUAUUUGGACCAAUUAUUUAAAGAUCGACGUUUCGAGUAUGAUUUUUUUGGUAUUCGUCCAUGUAUAAUCUCUGAAAUCCGAUUCAAAGCGAUGAUGCUGAAGCUUGAGUAAUUCACCUCCGUAUUCAAAGCGAUAAUGCUGAAGCUUGAGUAAUUCACCUCCGUCGAAGCUCCAUUGUAGAAACUUAUGAGCUUUAACUCCUUAUUGAAAUAAAAUCAGAGGUUUAAUAGUCGGUCUUCUCGGAGCACUGAAGCUCAUUCUUAGUCCUGCCGCCGCCAUCCAAGCCGCUAUGCACCGAACCAAUCGAUUUGAUUUUCAGUCCCUGAGAUUUUCACUCUGGAGUACAUUCGUAGGGUUCAAGAAGAUUAUUGGGAAGAAUUUUCCCGUAAUCCUUGGGUUUUUGCCCUAGAUGUUUUUUGCACUCAUGGUGUGGUUGAUAUUACCCCUUUGCGUGCUAUCAAACACCCACCCAUUUCUACGCACCCACAGGACAUUUUCGAAUUCCUCUCUUUUGCGCCACGUUUUACCGAAUCUUCUACAGGUCACUUUGAAAUGUGGCCCUUGUUAUGUGGAAUGCCUGAGACGGAACUGAUGAUUGUGAAAAGCUUAAAUAGAAACGACUGCAAGAGUACACUUCUUUUCAAGGGUGGUGGCAGUAUUUUAGCACAGUUGCUGAGGGACUUGUCAUCUUUCUGCGAAUUUGUUGGGACUUUGAGAAUACCAUUCAUGCUUUGAAAAAUUGUUCGUACGCAAAGGGAAUUUAGAGUAAGUCUGAUUAUGAAUUUGUUUCUUCCAUGAGGUCUCAAAAUGUGGUUGAUUGGUGGGGUUCUAUUUUCUUGGAGCUUGAUGUUCCUAAUGUGACUAAUGUAAUUGCCAUCUGCUGGGCAAUUUGGGGGGCUAGGAACUCGUUGGUGGUGGAAGGUGUGAGAAAAGAUCCUACUGAUGUUGUGCGUUAUGCUUUGAAGACGAUUGAAGAGGUUUAUGAGGCAGGUUCUGCAGGGAGGAGUGCUGGUCAGACUGUGGCUGGGGGGGUUUCUGCUCCUGUUCGCUGGCAGGCGCUUGCUAUGGGGGUUGCUAAGGUCAAUGUGGAUGCUGGGUUUGUGGGGGAGCUGGGCUGUGGUCUUGGUGCUGUGAUUAGGAGUGGCGAGGGGACGGUUUUAGCAGCUGGGGUGCAGCAAGGAGAGGAAAGUUGGGAGGUGAGGGUGGCUGAAGCGCAAGCGAUACUAUGGGGUUUACGGUUGGCAGCAAGCUCUGGUUUGCAGGAAGUGAUUGUGGAGAGUGACUGUCUGCAAGUCAUUCAAGCUCUGAGAAGUAAAGAAGCUGGUUCUAGUGAGUUUCAUUUAGUCAUCAAGGAUAUUCUGUUAAUUUGUAAUAAUUUUUGUUAGUGUUUUGUGGUCGUUUGUUAAAAGAAGAGGAAAUAGGGUAGCUAACGAGUUGGCUUGUUUUAAACCUUGGCAUGUGGGUCAACGAAUGUGGCUUGAUGUAAUCCCGACUCAUAUCCUUGAUGUAGCUUCUUCUGAUUUAUUUAA